UCGAUAGGUUUGCCAAACCAACUAGCCUAGGGGGCCUUUAGAGGAAAUUCCCCGAAAAGCCCCUCUUCUUCUCCUACUCUUCUACCAUCAUUUUUUCCUGUAAAAAAUGGCUACAAGUUCGCAGUCAAGAAGAUCUAGCGGCCCAGUCCUACGUUCUCUUUCUCCUCAUGGAAGAUUUGGAUCGUCUCAAACCGAUUCUUAUUUGUCAUCGUCGUCAUCUUCCUCAGCCUUCGCAUCUUCAACUAGCUCCAGUUUCUAUUCUCCACCCACAGCUUUCUUUCACAGUAGCCACAAUAGAUCAGCUUCACCUACUCGCGUUAAUAUAUACACAACGUCAUCAUCUCCUUCUCCUUCCUUUCGCUUCUCCAUUGAUCGAUCUAUUUCUCCAAACCGGUCAAUAUCGGUGAGCAAGAAGAAUAAUCCGAUCUCUCUGUCGAAGAAGACUUGCAUGUGUUCUCCGACUACGCAUCCAGGAUCAUUUCGCUGUAGUUUACACAAGAAUAUCGGCAGUCAGAGUCAUGGAAGUAGUUCGGCGCCGUAUACGCCCAACCGGUUGAACAUGAUGAGAUCGGCAAUGAAGAAUUCACUCGUUAGAAUCGGUGGCGUUGAGGGAGAGUGGGUCAAGAGAGCGCUGACGGCGCUGAUUCGGCCGUCCUCACAUCAUCAAAGGCGUAGGGCUGAUUUUCAGCCCAGGCCAAGCCGGCUCUCGAUUAUGUCGAAAGCGGAUGAUAUCUGAUUCUGUUUGGAGUUACAGGUUGGUUAUUGUUUACCCGUUUUAUAUCAUCAGGUUCCGGCAACACAUGCUAGGAUCCGGCAGAGUGCUUAGCUGAGUCAGAGGCCGAGUCAAAUCGGACGACUUUCUAUUGAUAUGCGUGCUGUACUUUCCAAAUCGGACGAGUGGAGUUUGAUCCGAGGCGGGGCUGAUUCAACGUCGACGAGUUUUUGUAUUUCGAGACUGAGCCUAGAUUAUUUUGGGACAUAGAUCGUUUGUACAUAUCAAUUGCUAUGGAAGGAGAUUUUGGGACAUUAAAAUCUAUUCUAAAUUAAAGAUAAAAUUUAAAUUUAAAUCUAAAA